GACAUGUCCCUGCACCCGAUCCUGUGGGAGCAAGAGGAGGUGAUGUGGCUAAAGGCGAGCCCGGACGGCUACUUCCAAAUGACGUUGAAGCGCUUCGAGGCGGACGGCAUCGUGGGGCGGCUGCUCGAGCGCUGCCCCGGGGCCGCCGUGCCCGCAAAGCUGGCCUCCGACCAGGAGGGCGCUGGCGGCGGAGCUGCGGUGGGCCGUGGCCCUGGUGCAGGAGAGCAGGGCCUCCAAGUAGAGGUCGACGGGCGGACCGCCUUGGCGCUCUGCCCGCUGGUGGGGGAGCUGAAGAACGCGCCCAGGCUGGAGGCGUCAGACACCAAUCUUCUGCCGAACGUGGCCGUGGGCACCCCCGUGGAGGACAGAGGGCGCCUGGGAGCGCGUGUCGCUGACCUCGGUGCAGCGGCUACGGCCGGGGCAGGACCCGAGCUGCAGAGGAGGCUCAUGGGGAACACGGCCGUGGUGUUCGCAAGAUACGGCGUCGUGCCGGGCACGAACGAGCCGGGCGCGCUUUCCGACAUGGAUCUGAUGGACAUGAACCCGGAGUGCACGGCCCUCGUGAUGCCGAACGCGGGCACCCUCGCGCAAGUCGGCGUCAAGGGCGCGGGCCUGGCGGAGAAGCACGCGAUCGCGAAGGAGUUCGCGGGCAUCAACCUCGACUGGCCGAUUCCCGAUGAUGAGCCCGUUAUGAGCAUAUUCCUGAGGUUCCCGAACGAGACGCUGGGCAGGGGGCGCCUGCUCCCGCUCUGCCGGUGGCUGGCGAUAGACCUGCCGAAGGACCCCCAGGAGAUCAGCUCGCGGCGUUCGCGUAUGUUUUCAAGGCGUGCGAGUUCGAGUCUUACCCGGAGACCACCUCGGACAUGA